UGGUUGUCAUUGUCAUAAUUCUAGUUUAUUGGUCUAGUUUAUUGGUCUCUGCUGGUUAUAAUUGUCAAUGUUUAUUUGAUCUUAUUUACUCUAUUUUCAACUUCAACUUUUAUUGGAUAGUGUGUUUCUAUAAUUAUUGUAAUGUAUUGAAUAAGUUAACAUAGCUUUGGAUUGUGAUUGAAUUAUCUCUUAACAGUUAUUCAUAAUGCAAUUAUUAAUAUUGAUAAUAAUUCCUUUGAUAACCACGGUCUCCGGCGGAAAGAACUUUCACCUCGGCCGUCGUAAAGGAGGUAAUCUAGGUGCGCCGGGAGAUUACAAAAAUGAAAACUUGCCGCCAGCUCAGUGGUUUAUACAAAAACUGGAUCACUCCACUUCAUCAGAUUUAAGAACAUGGAAACAACGUUAUUUCGUCAAUGAUACUUUCUACGAUUUUGAUAAUCCGGGACCUGUCUUUUUGAUGAUUGGAGGUGAAGGCCCAGCAGAUCCACGUUGGAUGGUAAAAGGCACCUGGAUACUAUAUGCUAAGAAACAUAAGGCACUUUGUAUUAAUCUAGAGCACCGUUAUUAUGGGGAAAGUCAUCCUGUCAAUGACCUGAGUGUCAAGAACUUACAGUACUUAUCGUCUUAUCAGGCGCUUGCUGACUUGGCUAACUUCAUUAAUGCCAUGAACAUUAAAUAUAAGCUGAACAAAGAUGUAAAAUGGAUAGCUUUUGGUGGUUCAUACCCAGGUUCGCUUGCUGCUUGGCUACGACUUAAAUAUCCACAUCUCGUGUAUGCAGCUGUAUCAUCUAGUGGCCCAUUGUUAGCCAAAGUUGACUUUUCAGAAUAUUUUCAAGUAGUGGUUAAUGCAUUGCGUGAAAAGACUUCCAGUGAAGAUUGUGUCUUAGUACUAAAAGAAGCUCAUAAGCAAAUUGAUGAGUUGAUCAAAAGUAAACCUGAAAUCAUUGAAAAGGAAUUUAAGGUCUGUAAAAAAUUUAAUAUAGCAUCAAGCAAAGACAUGAAAAAUUUCUACAACUCAAUUGCUGAUGAUUUUGCUGAUGUAGUGCAGUACAAUGAAGACAACAGAUUAAGUGCCAACAAAAAAUACACGAAUCUAACAAUAAAUACUGUUUGUGACAUGUUAACUGCAAAAGGAGAUGUGCCCGCGUAUAAAAAGUUAGCGGUUUUUAAUUCCAUCAUAUUAGAAAAAUCUAACCAAACAUGCUUGGAUUACUCUUAUGAUAAUAUGAUUAAAGAUCUCCGAAAUAUGACAUGGGGAUCAGAAGGAGGUCGUCAGUGGAUGUACCAGACGUGCACAGAAUUUGGUUUUUACCAGACUUCGUCAGGGGCGACAGAAGUGUUUGGGGACAACUUUAAACUUGAGUUCUUUAUACAACAAUGCCAGGAUAUUUUUGGCAAAAAGUACGGAGCUGAUUUCAUCCAAAGGUCUGCUAUGUGGACCAACAGUGACUACGGCGCGCUAGAUAUAUCCGUGUCGAGGGUGGUGUUCGUGCACGGGUCGGUGGACCCCUGGCAUGCGCUCGGGAUCACUAAUAGCACGAAUAACGACGCUCCUGCUAUCUUCAUACGUGGAACUGCCCACUGUGCCAACAUGUAUCCACCAAGUGAAAAAGAUUCGAUCGACUUAGUGGAAGCUCGUUUAAAAAUCGACGAACUCCUUACCAAAUGGCUGAAGCAGUAAUUACUGCUACAAGUCGUAAUUUCUUCUGCGGUUAUAUAAAUCCGAUUUAUUUACUAAGAAUCUCUACUGAAAUUAUAAGAUGCAAAAAUAUAGUGUUAUAAUAGUCAAAUUUUCAUUUGAUGAAAUCCAUAUGUGGAAUUAUAUUCAACACAGUAUAUGGCAGAACAUAUAAAUAGAAAAAUAAUAAAGACACUUUUACAUAGUGUUGUUUCGUAUUCUGUGAUUGGAUUAUCUUUAUAUGCAUGUAAUAUUAUGUAGGCAUCCUUAUUUUCUUAUUCAGAUUAUUAAAGGAGGUAUGAUAAUGUAAGCAUUUUGUUCUAACAGAUUCCUUAAUGUGUAUUAUAUUGUAAUUAGUUUUUUUUAUUUAAUUAGAUAUCGUAAUAGUUUAUUGUGAUUUAAUGUGAAAAGAAAAUUAUACCAAUGUAACGGUAAUAUUAUAGUGGAGUUUAUUGAAUACUAAAAACUGUUUUACAUUGUCAAAACUUAACAUUAAAUCAUUUUCAACAA